CGUCCCUAGGCGGCGGUGAACUACGCUUCCCAAUACUCUUAAGCAAUGGAAGUGACGUAAAGAGCAGACAGAGUUGGAGGGUUCGGGUGAAAAUGGCUGAAUAUUUAGCUUCGAUAUUCGGGACUGAGAAGGACAAGGUUAACUGCUCUUUUUACUUUAAGAUCGGGGCCUGCCGGCACGGGGACCGGUGCUCCCGGCUUCACAACAAACCGACUUUCAGCCAGACCAUAGUGCUGCUCAACCUGUACCGGAAUCCACAGAACACCGCCCAAACCGCAGACGGAUCGCACUGUCACGUGAGCGACGUGGAGGUGCAAGAACACUAUGAUAACUUCUUCGAGGAGGUGUUCACCGAACUGCAGGAGAAGUACGGGGAGAUUGAAGAGAUGAAUGUGUGCGACAACCUGGGGGACCACCUCGUGGGCAAUGUCUAUGUCAAGUUUCGCCGCGAGGAGGAUGCAGAGCGGGCAGUGGCUGAACUCAAUAACCGCUGGUUCAAUGGGCAGGCUGUACAUGCCGAGCUGUCUCCUGUCACCGACUUCCGGGAGUCAUGCUGUCGGCAGUAUGAGAUGGGGGAAUGUACCCGCGGUGGCUUCUGCAACUUCAUGCACCUGCGACCCAUCUCCCGGAACCUCCGGCGACAGCUCUAUGGGCGCGGACCCAGGCGCAGGUCACCCCCUAGGUCUCAGGCCAGCCACCGUCCCAGAGAAAGAAACCGACGACGAUCCCCAGACCAUCGGCAUGGCCGCUUCUGAGACCCUGGACCCCUUGCCCUCCAUCCCUGACAGGCACAGAUGUUCCUGGCCAGGACGCCUCCUCAAAGCUUCCCUAACUCCCCACCGCCAUCUUCCCCAGCCUCCAGGGCUCCAGGAUGUAAUCUGUUCUACACAGGGCCCUUUUCCUACCAUCCCUCCCCUAAUAAAGUUGUGUAUUGAGGCUUUA